AUGGAGAAGUAUCAAAUGUUCUUCCCUUGCUCCUCUUCUACAUCAUCAGCAAACUAUGAUCCCAUGAUCCCUAUCUCUGCAACAAAUAAUAUUACUACAGAUGAUCAUCAUAUGGGAAUGGGAAGCUCUCAAGUUUACAACUACUUUGACGGCGGCGAUCAAAAUUCAAAUGGACUUCUGGGGUUGAGAUCAUCAGCAGGAAACCACGUUGGGAGAGAAGUUUUGAUAAACAAAGAUCAUCAUCGGUACCUGCAGCAGCAAUAUUCUGAUCUGACUACUACUGCAAGUGCAAACAUUAAUAUUAAUAAUGUUGUUGUUGGAGCUGAUCAAAAUCCUCAUGAGGCCACUAAUUCAGGAAACAAGAACAAGGGGGAGAAGAAGACGAGGAAGCCCAAAUAUGCUUUUCAAACAAGAAGUCAGGUUGAUAUACUUGACGAUGGCUACCGGUGGAGAAAAUAUGGUCAAAAGGCGGUCAAAAACAACAAAUUUCCCAGAAGCUACUACCGAUGUACGUUCCAAGGGUGCAAUGUGAAAAAGCAAGUCCAACGCCUAACCAAGGAUGAAGGCAUUGUGGUGACCACUUACGAAGGGAUGCACACCCAUCCAAUUGAGAAGCCUUCUGAUAACUUUGAACAUAUCUUGAAUCAGAUGCAAAUCUACACCCCCUUCUGA